AUGUCCAACCCCAGCCCUUCCUCACCCAAUCGACUCGACUACAAAAUCCUCCCCGCCACGCAAUCCGAUUGCGCCGCCAUCGCCCAAGUAGAAGCCCUCUCCAACUUCAACUCCUCCAAAACCGCGCCCCGCUGCAACCCCGCCCAAGUCAUCUUCCCGCCUCCGGACGACGUCUCUUCACGCACCAAGGACUUCUCCGAAAAGACGCAAAAUGACCCCAGCAUGAAGAUCUGGAAGGCGGUCGCGACAGUCGACGGGGUGGACAAGAUUGUCGCGAUGACAGUUUGGCAUUUUUACCCGGAGCCCAAGAUCGUGGAUGACUGGAAGGAUAUCGACUGGCCAUCAAAUGCGCAGGGCGAGGCGUGUAAUGGGUUUAUUCGGGGGAUGGCCAGUUUGAGAAAGAAGCAUAUGUCGGGGAAGGAGUUUGGGCAUCUUCAAGUACUAGCGACGUUGCCGGAAUACCGCGGCUAUGGGAUUGGCUCCACUCUGAUCAAGAUUGGUCUGGACGAGGGUCGGGGAAUGGGUCUGCACACCUUUUGGCUGGAGGCUUCGAACGAUGGAUAUCCACUUUAUAGGAAAUUUGGGUUUGAAGAUGUGGAGUCUUUUGAGUUUGAUUUGAAGAAGUAUGGAGGUGAUGGACCGGUGCGUGUCAGAACCAUGCGGAAGGUCGUCGGGGCCGAUGAAUGA